AUGUCUGUCGCAGCUGAAUUCGAAGCCGCUAAUGCUAGCUAUGCCGCCUCUUUCAAGAAGGGGGAUUUAGCACUGCCGCCACAGAGGAAAGUCGCUAUAGUGGCAUGCAUGGAUGCACGCCUUGACACUGCCCGUGCUUUGGGUCUAGAAGAGGGCGAUGCUCAUGUCAUUCGCAACGCAGGCGGCCGGGUCACCGAUGCGCUGCGCAGCAUAGUUAUCUCGCAACAACUUCUCGGCACCCGAGAGAUCAUCAUUGUGCACCAUACUGAUUGUGGUAUGCUUACCUUUACCGAUGAUGUGAUCCGCAACAAAAUCCGCUCUGAGCUCAAGCAGAAUGCCGAUCACAUUGCAUUCUUGCCCUUUGGAGAUUUGAAGCAAAGUGUGCUGGAUGAUAUCCAAAUUCUCAAGGAGAGCCCCCUUGUACUUGAUGUGCCCAUCACCGGCUAUCUAUAUGAGGUUGAAACCGGGAAAAUUGUCAAGGUUGGGAGCAGCCAGUGA